GCAGGCCCGUCCCAUUACAGCUCCGCGCUCCGAGCCGCUGUGGGCGCGCGCCCUCGCCCCGCCUUGGUUAGUGUGGAGCCGACCGGCCAGGCCUGCGCAGUUGCGGCGGCCGGGGAAGAUGGUGGAGGACGGCGCGGAGGAGCUGGAGGACCUGGUGCACUUCUCAGUGUCUGAGUUGCCUAGUCGCGGCUACGGCGUCAUGGAGGAGAUCCGGCGGCAAGGCAAGCUGUGCGACGUGACGCUGAAGAUUGGGGACCACAAAUUCAGUGCUCACCGGAUUGUCUUAGCAGCCUCGAUCCCAUACUUCCAUGCAAUGUUUACAAAUGACAUGAUGGAAUGCAAGCAGGAUGAGAUUGUAAUGCAAGGAAUGGAUCCAAGUGCCCUGGAAGCUCUGAUCAACUUUGCCUACAAUGGCAACCUUGCCAUUGACCAGCAAAAUGUGCAGUCAUUGCUGAUGGGGGCGAGCUUCCUACAGCUACAGAGCAUCAAAGACGCCUGCUGCACAUUCCUUCGAGAACGGCUUCACCCAAAAAAUUGCCUUGGUGUGCGCCAGUUUGCUGAGACAAUGAUGUGUGCUGUGCUGUAUGAUGCAGCCAACAGCUUCAUCCACCAGCACUUUGUGGAGGUGUCCAUGUCAGAAGAGUUCCUGGCCCUGCCCUUGGAAGACGUGCUUGAGCUAGUGUCUCGGGAUGAACUGAAUGUAAAAUCAGAGGAGCAGGUCUUUGAAGCUGUACUAGCCUGGGUCAGAUAUGACCGGGAGCAGAGGGGACCCUGCCUGCCUGAGCUGCUGUCUAAUAUCCGCUUGCCCCUUUGCCGGCCCCAGUUCCUGUCAGACCGAGUACAGCAGGAUGACCUGGUACGUUGCUGCCACAAAUGCAGAGACCUUGUAGAUGAAGCAAAGGACUAUCACCUCAUGCCAGAGCGCCGGCCCCAUCUGCCAGCUUUCAGAACUCGGCCACGCUGCUGCACAUCCAUCGCUGGGCUUAUCUAUGCCGUGGGGGGCCUCAACUCAGCAGGUGAUUCCCUGAAUGUGGUGGAAGUGUUUGACCCCAUCGCCAAUCGCUGGGAGAAAUGCCAUCCUAUGACAACAGCCCGUAGCCGUGUUGGUGUGGCUGUAGUGAACGGGCUUCUCUAUGCCAUCGGGGGAUAUGACGGCCAGCUACGGCUGAGCACUGUGGAGGCCUACAACCCAGAAACGGAUACGUGGACCAGAGUGGGGAGCAUGAAUAGCAAGAGAAGUGCCAUGGGGACAGUUGUGCUGGAUGGGCAGAUCUACGUCUGUGGGGGCUACGAUGGCAACUCUUCCCUCAACUCUGUGGAGACCUACUCACCUGAGACAGACAAGUGGACAGUGGUGACCCCGAUGAGCUCAAAUCGCAGUGCUGCUGGGGUUACAGUCUUUGAGGGCAGGAUAUAUGUGUCCGGCGGCCAUGAUGGUUUGCAGAUAUUCAACAGUGUAGAGCACUACAACCACCACACAGCCACCUGGCACCCAGCAGCCAGCAUGCUCAACAAGCGCUGCCGGCACGGAGCUGCCUCCCUGGGAAGCAAGAUGUUUGUCUGUGGAGGCUACGAUGGCUCUGGCUUCCUCAGCAUUGCCGAGAUGUACAGCUCUGUGGCAGACCAGUGGUGCCUGAUAGUACCCAUGCACACACGCCGGAGCCGGGUCUCCCUUGUGGCCAGCUGUGGGCGCCUCUAUGCUGUGGGGGGUUAUGAUGGACAGUCAAACCUGAGCUCAGUCGAGAUGUAUGACCCAGAGACGGACCGCUGGACAUUUAUGGCCCCUAUGGCAUGCCAUGAGGGAGGGGUUGGCGUGGGCUGCAUCCCUCUCCUCACCAUCUAAGGCAGAGGGUGGGAUGUGGUGGGGUAGGGAUCUGGUACAGACUUAGGCAUUUCCUUCCAGGAACAGUCCCUCUCAGGAGAGAUGGUGGAUCAGAAGACAGGGUGAAAUGUGAACUUGCCAGACAUUCAGUUUUUCUAGGUGCUUAAGUCCUCCCUCACUGAUCUUCAGGCCUGAGUCAUCAAGAUUCACAGCACAGGACAAAAGCCCCUCUGGGUCCCUCACAUGGUGAUACGGAACUGUUUUGCUGGUCCACACAAACACUCCAUCCAAGCCCAGUUCCCACCCACUGUGGCUCUGGGCCACCUAUUUGCAGAAAGCCUCCCAUCUGAUGCACCUCCUUGCCUGUUUAUUUUCCACCCAUAUCAUGGCCAGUUUGUCAUGGGGAGGCUGCAGUGGCCAAGCCUGUUGGAAACUGUGGGGUAUAGCUGAGAGAGAGGACACACUCCAAAUAUUCUUACUGCCUGUGAUGAUGCAGCUAUAGCAAUGUGCUGGCUAUACACGAACAUGUUCCAUCUUCCAUUGUAGGGCACAAAGGAUUUCGUUCUUAUCCCUGAUAACCGAGAAGAACAGGAGUUUUUCCCAUGUCUUAUUUUGGGAUUUCCUGGAGCUCUUUUUCAUCUUGUCUAGGAGAAACAGAAGGGAAAAAAAGAUACUUGAAAGAAACUGCAGAAAAUAUAAACAAAGAAGCACUUGAAAAAAACUGGAAAGAAAAAUACUUUUAUUUUAUGUGAACAUAUUUUUCAGGAAGAAGAAAACAAAAAACCAAUGUAUGUUUAAAUGGAAAACCGUCCGAUAUGAGAAGGAUGGUGUCCACUCCACAUUCGGAUCCCAGGGUCCUGAGGCCUCGCACAGCACUGGGGUUCCCCCUGAACCCCAGCGUGUCUGGAAUCAGUGUAUCCAUGACUGGUCCUGUAGUAAGGUGCUUAUGGGGUUUGUCUUCAUACCCACCAUCAGAGGACUUUUUAAAUCAUCUUAUAGCAAGUCAGCUAUUGACUGAAUUUACCGCCACUCUUCUAGGUGGGAGCUCCCACCUGUUGCUAGGGGCUCCAGGUGCCCCUGUGAUUUACCUCCCACCGCCACUGCAGCACUCAGAUUCCCCACUCUCACAUUCCUUCCUUUUUUGACCAGCAAGAAACAGCAGGUCUGGCCAGAAUUUCACUUGCCCAUCUAUUUUUCUUGGAUGAUUUUCUUCAUUGUGAUGCUUCUGGGGCACAUCUACACCUCUAGAACCUAACCAGGGGCUUCUUCCUACCAGCCAUGGGCCAGCUUGGUCUGAUAACCUUGUCUGUCUGCCCUGCCAUUCCAUUGCUCAUCCAUCUGCCAAUUCCAGGGUCCAGCCUCCCUCCAGCCCUUGGCAGACUGACCAGCAAGGUGGACCUUUACAUUCAACUCAAGCUCUGGCUUUAUGACACAAAGAACUAAAGACUAAAAGAAUCUCUUGCUGCUGCAAAGAACAGAUUUUAUAUUUCUUCCUCUAAUCUUGGCAAAUGACCUAUUAAAGAGAUUCCAUAUUCCUUUCUCCUUCCUGGAUGGGACCUUAAUGUAGCACAGCGGGACCCAAAGAGGAGGACAUUUUCUGUACCAGUGCACUGGGCAGUGGGGCUGUCCUUAAACUGCUGCUGCCAAAAUCUGGUUUUCUAAAAUUCUUCUAGUAGAGACUGAAAGAGGAUACAAUUCCUUUAAUCCUAGACUGGGUGUUAGGGUCCCAAUCUCCACCUGGUUGGUUUCCUGUCCUUUGCUGCCUACCUGGAGGGUCUAGAAGCCUGUUCAGAAAGGCAGAACAUGGAGCCUGGGGUUAUCUCCCCAAUCCCAGAGCCACCAGGUUUACCAGUGUGUGCAAUCGCCAUGUAUUCAGAGGAAAGUACCUUUGUUACCUGCAACUUAGGAGCUGGGCCUCUACUAUAAGCACUUGAAAAUGAUAUUUUUAUUUUAAAAGACUGAACAAUCUGAUGUUUGAUAUAACUUGGGCUCGUGGUGGAGCUCCAGCAUUUCUCCCUCCCUGGUUUGCCUACAGAGGUAGACUGGGAAGGAAGUUAGGGUCUGCAUUUGCUGAGGACUGUAUCAGUACUGUUCUUAUUGUUGCAAGCCCAUUUGUGAAUUUGAACCAGCACUGAUGAGCCUGGAUUGUGAAGGUUAUUAAGAAUUGGACCACACUGGGUCCUUAGGAUGCUGGCCCAGAUUUUGCUACCAGGGAUGAUAGAUGUUUUUCCUAUGGUCUGCUGCUCUUAUGAUGGCCUUUCUGAGUCCACGCCUACCUUGGGGUGUAGAAGUUACACUGCUGCACCUGAGGUCAGUGUUGCCAAGUAAGAUCAAGCCAGUGCUUUGAUCUGGGCUUGAGCACAAGUGAGCAAACGUCAACAUUUUCACACACUCCCGAGUGCGUUCCUCAGUCUGAUGGCAAAUGGCUGUUUGCACAUGGCUGGUCUGGCUCUUUUGAUGUUAGAGCCAGAGACAUCACCCAAGGAUGUAGUGAAAAGGAUGUAACAAGGAGAUAGGACAAACGUUGUGUUCACUGGGCACUGGGCUCUAGCCCUGCUCUGAACAGAGGACUAUGAUGUACACGUCCUUGAAUGUUAAACCUUGAAUAUGCGCACAGUCUACUCUUCUGGAUUUCAUCUGAGAUCACAGCCAGAUGGGAACUGAAGACCAGCCUCUUGACCACAGAGAUGUGACUAGGUGGGAAUUCCCCCCCCCCAAUUUAUUGUUUCCCAGAAAAUCUUAUUUCUUCUUAUUUAUAGAAUGCAUGUCUUUUGUGUUAAGAAACCAAAGAGAAAUAAAGAGAACACUCCCAAUA